AUGUCUAACAGUAAGUCGGAAUCUUUUAACGAAAACUCAGCAACAUCGUCUCACGCUUCCGCACCAGACUAUCAUAAUAAAAGACCUGAAAGUUCUGUUCAAGGCAAAUUAGAUAAAGAUAAAACACAACCCUCAUCACCACCAUCACCUUUACAUCACGAGAAUGAAGCUGUGCGUCUAGUUCGGAUACGAAAAAUCUUCAAUGAGCUGGACAGAAACGGUGCUGGAUUACUAGACCGCAAAAGCAUACAAAAAGGUCUAAGUAAACUGAAAAGCCUUCCGGCACGUAACAAAUACGCUUUGGAACUAUUGCAAAGGUGUGACACGAGUAAGGAUGGAGUGGUCGACUUCCAAGAGUUUAAGACUUUUGUCGAGGAGAAAGAAAAAGAAUUGUGGGAGUUGUUUGUGGAAAUUGAUAAGAGUAAGGAUAUGAAAUUGCAGCCUGAGGAACUGGAGGGGGCUUUAUGGAAAGCUGGUAUUCAUUGCACCAAACAAGAAUUAAAAAAGUUUAUACACACAAUGGAUAAAGAUGGAAAUGGUGUAAUUGAUUUUGGAGAGUGGCGAGAUUUUCUUUUGCUUCUCCCAAGUGAAACGACACUUCAGGAAAUAUACUAUUUCUAUCAAUCAGUAGCACAAGUCAAUAUUGACGGUGAAGUCGUCAUCCCGGUCACAAAUCCAAAAUAUUUUAUUGCCGGAGCCAUGGCUGGGGCUGUGAGUCGAACUGCAACCGCGCCAUUUGAUCGUCUGAAGGUUUAUCUGCAAAUACAAACGGAUGCGCGACCUCUGAAACUUUCCACAAAGAGACAACAACACGGUAGUGUAAUUUAUAAUAAAAAUGCUGCUGCUUCUGUUGUUCGAUGGUCUACGGGAUUGGGGUCGAGUAAGGUUACGAACGCGAUUAAAGAGUUGUAUAAAGGAGGACCAUUGAAUUUUUUCCGGGGGAAUGGACUCAAUGUUGCUAAAAUUGCUCCAGAAAAUAGCAUAAAGUUUUAUUCAUAUGAGCAAUCAAAAGCCGUGAUUGCUUAUUUAAUGGGAAAAACGGAUAUUGGAUCAAUAGGAAUUUCUGGACGAUUUUUGGCCGGAGGAGUAGCUGGUCUAAUAUCACAAUUCAGUAUAUACCCGUUAGAAACACUCAAAACACGUGUGAUGAGUUCAACCGAUAAUAGGAAUGUUGGCAGCAGUAAUCUAUUAUUACGUACUGCAAAGGAAAUGUGGCAAAUAAAAGGCGCACGGGCAUUUUAUAGAGGAUUAAUACCAUCGUUGAUAGGCGUGUUUCCGUAUUCAGCGAUUGAUAUGAGUGUUUAUGAGAAUUUGAAAAUGACAUAUAUGAAAUGGGAUGAAACACGCCGGAAUUCUUCUAAUAAUAUAAAUAAGUUUGAUGAUGGGAACGAGAUGUGGAAUGACUUCGGGAUCGGUGGGCGCAACAAUCGUUUAUCCACUUUCACUAAUCAGAACUCGGGCACUCCAGGACACCCGCAAAAAUACGUAAAUGCAUUUGAUGUCAUACAAAAAACAUAUGCACUCGAAGGUAUUCGCGGAUUUUACAAAGGACUCGCGCCAACAUUAAUAAAGGUUAUACCAGCAGCUGCGAUUUCCUACGUAGCCUAUGAGCAAAUGAAAAGUAAUUUGAAGUUACCAUAA